AGAGAGCAAAAAAAACAAAAUCCGGUUGAACACUAAUCCCCUUAUAUUAGGGUUACGGAAGCAACAGUCGCACGCAGAGGAGGAAGACACAUGAUGAGGAAGGUGAAGAAUCCAGUGCUCUAUCUUCCUCAUGAAUUGAUCAUCCAAAUCCUCCUGAGGUUACCGGUGAAAUCUCUUAUCCGUUUCAAAUGUGUUUGUAAGUCUUGGUUUUCUAUAAUCUCUUCUGAUCCUCAAUUUGCAAAUUCACAAUUUCAACUUACUGCUGCAACACACACUCAUAGAGCUUUGAUCAUAUCAAUUGUAUCACCUCAUGAAACUCUAUCUAUAGAUUUAGAAGAAUCUCUUGACGAUGAUAAUGCUUCUGUUUCACUCAACCCUAAUUUUCUGGCCUCCGGUAUUGCUAUUAAAGGUUCAUGUAGAGGCUUUAUACUUUUGCACUGUUCUUCAAGCCUUUCUCUAUGGAAUCCAUCCACCGGAGUUUACACAAAUAUACCUUCUGGUUACAAUUUAGAUGCAGAUGCAGAUGCAGAAAAUUUUUAUGGUUUUGGGUAUGAUCAGUCAACAGAUGAUUACUUGAUUGUUUCAAUUUCAUCUGAUACAGACUCAUCAUACUUGGAGUUUUUCUCAAUAAGAGCUAAUACUUGGAAACAAAUUGACCCGGGUACUUACAUUCACCAUACGAAUACCAUCUUCGAUGAUGAUCCCAGAGUAGGUUUGUUCUUUAAUGGGGCUAUUCAUUGGUUUGCUCAUUUUCUUGAUUUAAAAAAGAAAGUUAUUGUUGCCUUUGAUUUAAUGGAAAGGAAACUUUUAGAUAUGCAUUUUCCAGAUCAGUUUAUCUCUGAACUUGACUAUUGUGGUUUGUGGGUAUUUCAAGAAUUUCUUAGUCUAUGGUCUAUGAAUUAUAGUAAUGAUACAGUUCAAAUAUGGGUGAUGAAAGAGUACAAACUGCAUUCGUCUUGGACAAAGACUCAUGUUCUUCCUUCUGAUACCAGUUCCACUUUGUACUUUUUCCCUUUACAUUGUACAAAAAGAGGUGAUAUUGUUGGAGUGGAUGAUAAUACUAUAUUGAUGAAGUAUAAUGAUGAUGGACAGCUGUUAGAGCAUCGCUCCUACGAUAACGAUCCAUGUGGAUAUCAUGUGACCAUGUACACAGAGUCUUUGCUUUCACUCCCCGAGGACGAUGCACAAGCUUAAGAAGAUGAUAGAAACAAGAAGAAGAACGAGUGUGUGCAGGGAUGUGAAAGAGAUGUAGACAUUGAGUAAGAAAGUGAAGUAGGUGGCGAAACAAGUGAUGAGGUUCAUUAUAGCAUUGUGUUACACACUGCAGAGUAGCAUGGAGUAGGAAAAGAACGAAGAAGUUAGUGACUGAUACAAUGGGCAACACCUUCUAACAGCAGAAGAAGAGAAGUGGGUGAUCCAAUAUGUGAAAGAUCAAAGCAAGUCUGUUUUCAUUUUGCUCAUCUUGUAGUCGUGGCCAAUGCUUAUGUCUUUGCUGUCAUAUAACAGCACAAUGUUGCCGGGGAAUGCAUAUAUGCAUUUGUUUGCAACAAUUGCAGUGGAGUUUUCAUUAUAUGGUUGACUAGUUGCAAGUUGAUUUGUCAUUGUGUUUGUGUCGUUUGAUGACUCAAUUUAGAAUUGAGUGUGUAUGUUUCUUUCAGUUAUGCAUAUUAACUCAAUUUAUCUCUCAAUUGGAAUAUAUAUGGAAUAAGUUGUCCACAA